AUGCUAUGUGCCUUCUGCGUUUGCUCCAUUGCUGUAUUGGCUGGUGUUGGAGGUGGUGGUAUUCUUGUGCCGAUGUUCUGCGCACUUAUGGGUCUGCCGAUGAGUGCCGCGGUUGGUUUGUCCCAAUCCACGAUCUGUGGACAGAGUCUCCUUAAUGUGUGUCUUGCCGUUUGGAAGCGCUAUCCAGAUCCCGCGUGCUCACGCCCUCUAAUCAAUUACCAGUAUCUGACCUUACUUGUACCACUCGGAGUGAUUGGCACUCUUGUUGGGGGUGUGCUGGCCAAAUUGUGCCCAGACCUUGUGCGUUUGGUUCUUUUAUUUUUACUUCUGGUACUUGUUUUGUAUCGCACUGUCAAAAAAAUGAUUGCACAAUACCGUAAAGACCAUAACACUGCUGAAGGGAGUGGCUCAACCUCAGUUCCUGCGGAAGAAAGAGGACAGUUUGAAGUAGGGACGGAGACUGUUUCCCCAGAAUUUACACAACCCCAGUUCCCACCGUUGGAGAUCAUAUGUGUUUUGACGUCGUUCAUUGUUAAUGUGGGUUUUAACACGUGGAGGUCGAAGACAAUUUGUGGAGGUGCAGUAUAUAUAGCUUGUCUCUGUGUACCAGUGGUUGUAAAUAUUGCUCUCUUCUUGUGGAGCCGUCUGCGAUUGUCACGGAUGGAUCAACACUUGGUGACAUUUACGUGGAAUUACAGCAUCACCAUUUUGUACCCGCUGGUUGCAUUGAUUGCGGGAGGAGCAGCUGCUAUGCUCGGAAUUGGGGGAGGAUUGGUAUUAAACUUUGUGCUAUAUGAAGCCGGGUUUAUACCUGAGGAGGCCUCUCUUACUGGGGGAGUGGUGACGUUUUUUUUGGCGUUUUCGUCUGCUCUUGAUCUUCUGAUGGGGGGUCAGCUUCUUAUUGACUAUGGUUUGGUGCUGUUUGCAUGCGGAAUGGCGAGUACGGCACUUGGCCAAUUUUGUUUUAUGAGGCUAAUCAAGAAGUACAAUCUACGAUACCUUAUUAUUGCGUCACUGGCUACAAUUAUCGGUGGCUCUCUCAUUGCACUUUCGAGCUAUAGCAUUUACCAAUCAGUUAUAGUUGUUCGCGCUGAUGGUUCAAUUAUGGCACCUGGUCGUGUUUGCCCGUUGAAGACAAACACAUAG